UUAAUGACGUCCGCAAACCAAGUAAUUAUAGAGAUUUUUUAUACAAAACGGGCCCUUUUAAACUAGUUGAGUAAUAUAUUGGGACUUUAUAAGAAGGAGCCAGCUUAAAUAUAAUAUAUUUGUAAUUGUUGAUUUCUCCUCAUUUUAAAAAGGAUUUCAUGUUUUAAUUCACUUUCUCUGCUGAGCUAUUAGAAAUUUUAAAAACGUUAAAUCAAAAAAUUAAACUAAGUCCGAGGAUUGUGAAAGAAAACCUGAAUAAGCCUGGCUUAUAAAGAAAAUACGUUCAGUAAAAAAAUAAUUUUUUUCAGUCUGAAAGAGUUUGCUUUUAAUUAUUUUUGUUAGAUAAAGUUAUUAAUUAGUUUUCGAUCGAUAUAAAAUAAUCCACGACCGAUAUCAAACAUGUCGGAUAUUGAUAUUCUUAACAUAGACAACAUUAUUGCGAGGCUUUUAGAAGUUCGUGGGUCCAGACCUGGAAAAAAUGUACAGCUUACUGAAUCGGAAAUACGUGGAUUAUGUUUGAAAUCACGAGAAAUUUUUCUAUCACAACCAAUAUUACUUGAAUUGGAAGCGCCCCUGAAGAUUUGUGGUGAUAUACAUGGCCAGUAUUAUGAUCUACUGAGAUUAUUUGAAUAUGGAGGUUUUCCACCCGAAUCUAAUUAUCUAUUUCUCGGUGAUUAUGUCGAUCGUGGCAAACAAUCUUUGGAGACCAUAUGUCUUCUAUUGGCAUAUAAAAUUAAAUAUCCUGAAAAUUUCUUUUUGCUUCGCGGAAAUCACGAGUGUGCAAGUAUAAAUCGAAUUUAUGGAUUUUAUGAUGAGUGCAAGCGACGAUAUAAUAUCAAAUUAUGGAAAACAUUUACGGAUUGUUUCAAUUGUUUGCCGGUUGCUGCUAUCGUUGAUGAGAAGAUUUUCUGCUGUCAUGGAGGACUUUCUCCUGAUUUACUUAAGUUUUUCUCAUCAACAGAAUCUAUGGAGCAAAUUCGUCGUAUAAUGAGACCAACAGACGUACCGGAUCAAGGACUUUUAUGCGAUUUGUUGUGGUCAGAUCCAGAUAAGGAUACAAUGGGUUGGGGAGAAAACGAUCGUGGCGUUAGCUUUACAUUUGGAGCAGAGAUUGUCGCAAAAUUCUUGGCAAAGCAUGAUUUUGAUUUAAUUUGUCGUGCACAUCAAGUUGUGGAAGAUGGAUAUGAAUUUUUCGCAAAACGUCAAUUGGUAACGCUUUUUUCAGCACCCAAUUACUGUGGAGAAUUUGAUAACGCCGGUGCAAUGAUGUCUGUAGAUGAUACACUUAUGUGCUCGUUCCAAAUUCUGAAGCCGGCUGAUAAACGUAAAUUUCAAUACAGUAAUUUGUCCGGAGGAAGACCUGUAACUCCUCCCCGUGCCGCUAAUAAUAAAAACAAAAAGAAAUAAGCAUUUGAGCUUACUAUUACCGUACAACUCAAUGUUGAUAUGCUAUUUUUUAAAAUAAUUAAAAUUUAAAUAAUUGAAAGUAAAGAAAAAAUUAAAACCUAUGUGAAGAACAGAAUACUGAAAAAAUACGAUUAUUUUUGACACAUUGCGCGAAAACGAGCAUCACAUCGCGGUUAGAAAAACUACAAAUCUGUGAUGUUUUCAAUAUCGUGUCUAUGUUUACAUAAUUUUCUAUGGUCAAGGUCAAUUUAAGUGCUUUCACCAUUCAAAAGACGUAAACAAAAGCUUAUAAUUGAAAACGUUAAUCUCUUGUAGUUAUUUAAAUAAGAUCAAAAGUUUUUUUAAAGGUAAUCAAAAAAAAAAAUUCGAAAUUCGGUUUUUAAGUGUGUCACAGGAUCAACAAUAAACUAUUACUUGAACUAUAUAAGGAAACAAACUUAUUAAUUACAAUGAAAAAAUUCUCCUGAUAAACAUACAUGAGUAAUAAUAAUAAUAAUAAAUAACUGUACACAAGUCUUACACAUGUACACUUUUACGAACAGGUUACAUCAAUUGUAGAUAAAAAGGAAAAAUUUUGAAUAAAAAUUCAAAAAAAAAAAUAGAAGUUUAUUAAACAAUUCCAAUUUCUUAAAAAAAAUGAAAGAACUGUCGGUUAUAAGUCAAGUAACAAAUGAUCAAUUUUUCCUUUUUAUUUUCCCGUAGUAAUGUGUAAAAAAAUCAUUUUAUGCCGUUUUAAUUAGAUUUAUGUAUCUCUGCAAAAAUCUUUUUCGUAUGUUUUGACUCUAAAAAAAAAUAGAUCAUUAUAGAUAUCCCUAAACA